AUGUCGAUGCGUCUAGCAACUUGGUUUCUACUGUUUUUUCUUAUAUCCUCAUCCAAAACAACAAAUAUCGACGACGACUCCAAUGAUGAUAUUGAAUUGACAAGUGAUAUGCCAAAUGUUUGUUCAAAAGUAGAAAUUCGAACUGUAACUAAGCUUAUUCCAUGUCUCAAAAGUUAUGAUCAUCUUGUUAAAGUAUGGUCACGUAAUUGUUCUAAUGGUCGUCGUAUAUGUCCAACAUAUGAGCACAGAACGGAAUAUUAUCGAAGUGAGCAGACAGUGACUGCAGAAGUAAAUGUAACCAUCUAUCACUGUUGUCUUGGAUGGACACGUCUCAUUCAAGAUUAUGGUUGUCCUAUCGCCAUGCAACCAAAUCGUGUACAACGAAAAAUUCCUCUACGACAUGCCAAUUCUCAUCAAUUAGAUUCAAUUCAUAACCGCUGUCCUCAUAAUCGUUUUGGUAUGCAUUGUGAAUAUUCAUGUGCUCAAUGUGUCUUCGGCACAUGUAAUUGGCGUGUGCGAACAUGCGAUUGUCAAUCGGGAAUUACUGGAUUAUUUUGUAAUCAAACAAAAAUGGGUGAAGAAAAUAUAGUUGAUGAAGCACAUCGAUGUCAAUUAUGUCAUAAAGGAAAUACGGCUUCAUGCCAUAUGGAAACUGGCAAGUGUCAAUGUUUGCCGGGCCAUCAAGGAAUUCGUUGCGAAGAAGAUUGUCCAAUUAAUUAUUAUGGUCAUGAUUGUAUUAAUCGAUGCAUAUGUCAAAAUGGAGGAAUAUGCGAUUCUCGUGAUGGCCAUUGCUUUUGUUUAUCUGGUUUCACGGGUGGUCGAUGUGAAUCUUCAUGUUCGCCAGGUACUUUCGGACAUAUGUGUUUGCAAAAAUGUCAAUGCACAGGAGAUAAUAUUUGUCAUCCUCGAACAGGCGAAUGUCAUUCAUCGUCUUGUAAUGGUGAUUCGAAAUGUUUAUUAGAACAACAAAGAAAAAAAUCUUUAAUAUCUUCAUGUCCCGAAGGUUACUAUGGCGCACCAAGUUGCCGUCAAAAAUGCAUGUGCAUGAAUAAUGCUCAAUGCGAAUCAACAUCUGGUCGAUGUCUAUGUCACUCGGGUCAUGCCGGACGAUAUUGUGAAAGAUCAUGUGAACGUGGUUGGUAUGGACCUGGAUGUAUUCAUCGAUGUAAUUGUCAUAAUGGAGCAACUUGUGAUGCGCGCACAGGAGUUUGCCUCUGUGGGAUAGGUGUAACAGGAAUAUUAUGUGAUCAAGAAUGUCCUGAAGGAACAUAUGGUCGCAAUUGUUCAGACAUAUGCCAAUGUAAAAAUAGUGCUCGAUGUAAUAGAAUAACAGGCUGUUGCUCCUGUCCCAUUGGAUACUAUGGUUCGACUUGUCAGUUCGAAUGCCGACCAUUUACACAUGGAUUUUAUUGUUCUCAAACAUGUAACUGUUCCAUAGAAAGAUCGGAUAGUUGUGACUCAAAAACAGGUAAAUGUCGGUGUAAAUCAGGCUUUUAUGGUGAUCAGUGUGAAACAGCAUGUCCUUUGGGCCGAUGGGGAGAUCAAUGCUUAAAUAAAUGCGAUUGCGAUGGAAAUUCAUGUGAUUCUAAAUCGGGUAUUUGUCAGUGUCCUGCUGGUCGAACUGGCAUUAGAUGUGAAGAUGAUUGUCCAACAAAUACAUUUGGCGUGGGUUGUAAACUAUGCUCAUGUCACUCGUUUCAAUUAUGCGAUAGUGUGACAGGCGAGUGUAGAUGCCCGUCGGGUUGGAAAGGCGAUGCCUGUCAAUUUCCCAUAACAGCAAACGGACCUGAUAUACCAGAAAGAGGCGAUAUGUAUAAGAAAGAUACAUAA